CACACUUCUUCGCAUUUCCAGUACCCAACUUCUUUUGUCAAAAAUCAUCAGUUGUCGGUGUUACAUUACGGACCUCUUUGACUGGUGGCUCUACGCCACACCGUGCGAUCCACUCGCCUCCGUUCUGAUCAUUUUCAAAACGAAGGAUCAUAUGGGGCCGAAGGCCAGGGCUGUGUCCUCUCGUUCUCGCUUCUCGCCUCUCGCCUAUGAAAAUCAGAUAAUAUUCUGAUAAAGUUCAUAAAUAUGUCACCGACAACAGCAGCAACAAACCUCGAUCUUCUUCCUCCAGAGCUACUGCUUCUGAUAUCCCAAUAUCUCUCUACAGUGGAUUCCACUUGCCUGGCACUUUGCAGUCAUCGCUUCUUCACAUUACCGUUUGGGGAUUUUUUGUACAGGCCUUUUCCUCUGGGUGGCCUCGGAAGUCCAGCGGAGCGUAUCGAUCUGUUGACUAGACUCACUCGACAUUUGCCAGAAUACUAUCUCUGCUAUGCUUGUAUGCGAAUGCACCUCUGGCGACACGUCAACUUACCAUGUCCGGAUUUCAAACUCAUGAAGUGCUACGAUGACUUACCCUGGGAUAAAAGGAAGAGCCUGUGCUUCUCAAUUUUUCAGAUUCAAUUCCCCACUUUCUCAACCUAUAGAUUUUAUUGGUUGCACCUCUACCUCACAAUGCGGCGGUACUACCUGGGUCCUUCGUUUGGUAUUCCUUUAGAGUCACUAUUGUACACUGAGGUGACGCUAAAGAGCCUUCAAUCGGCUUAUUACUCCCAGGAACAGAUGUCAGAAACCAAUUUGCAUCCUGGCAAGAGGACCGGCCUCAAAUCCAUCGAGGCACGAAUUUGCCCGAUAUCCCCGAGCCUCUGUCUACGCAUACAGGAACUUGCGAUAGCCAGUCGACAAAGUGUAUCACAUCUUCUCCCUAGGAAAAUUCAUAUCGAAGUCUGCCGGCAUAUUGGGACUUACUCGUCUAAUUUCAUUGAAAUAAUCAACUCGUUAUUCGAAUCCUAUCGCCAGCAAGGACACAGUUUCGCCGGGCUCUCGAACAAUGGGAAAUGUCAUGAAUGCAAUACAGCUUGGGAUUUGGACUUACGAGAAGUGGAGGUCGACGACGUGUGUCUUACUCUCACACGCUGGAAGGACCUAGGGCCAGGACUAAGCCCAGACGAUCCCCGGUGGAGAAUUCAUAUUCCAUGGGGGCCCUAUGUGUCGCCAGUGGACACAAAUGAUCCGCGGAUACGAUUCGAGAUGCAUGCGCAAGAUCCUCAGGGGUUGUCAUUCGAUGACAUGUUGGCUCGGAAUUUGGCGCUUCUGCAAGGUCGGCGUUAUCGACGUAUUAUGAAGAAAUGGGGGCCUGGAUGGUGGAUUCUACAGGGCCAUGAAGACGAGACCAAGCGCUCCUGGUCGCAAUGUGUUGUGAUCUAAGUUCUUAAGCCUGCUUAAUGAUAUCCACCCUACGUUCAGGCAUGGACGUGGUUGGAAAUUGAAUUCAAGAAUUUGACCUCAGGUUCUCUGCCCUAGG